CGGCAAGCGUUUUUUUACACCGCGCGCAAGCAGCCAUCCGUGCGCGUAUUUGCCUUUAGUUUCCGUUGUUCCGUCUAAGCAAGUUCUCUUAGUAGUUGUCACAAACGACGUUCCAGUCGUUCUCAGCAGGCUCGUGAAAACAUGCCGGGCCAUCGGCGUUGAAAAGCCCGAAGCGGAGUUCUACGAAGCCAACUGACCGGUCGCCACAAACUGCACAAAGGACCACGUUGUUGUUGCCGCGAACGAGACGUCAUGGCUAAAUCUGAGGACAACGAGGCUGCCGACCUGGACACCAACGCAGUCGAGGCCGCCCCCAGAAGCAAGAGCAGUGGCGGUGGCAAGCGCCGUGGUGGGAACGGCCAGUGGAGCCCCCGCAACACUCUGCUAGUGCGGGACUUCCUGGUGCCCUGCCUCGACAAUGGAUUCUACGGCGAUGAUCUGCAAUGGUUGAACCGUUCUCGCGGCAUCUUCCUCAUCCGCUGGACCCACCAGGGCAGCAAAAGCUUCAACCGCGAGGGGCGCAACGUCUUCCGGGACUGGUCGGUCAUGAAGCGCAAGUGGGACGACCAGGACCCCAACCGGCUGUCAAAGGCCAAGCAGCGCGUGCGAGCUGCCUUUCGCAAGCUGCCAAAUGUCCGCCGCAUCAACGAGGGUGCCGCCCCUCAUCGCAUCUACCGCAUAAAGGACAUCGAUGCCUACUUGAAUCGGGACCAAGACCAAUCAAAGGAGAAGAAGAAGCGUAAGAAGCGCCGGUCGUGCGGAUGCGUGGCUGGAUGUCCCGACUGCGAUCCUCGGGAACAGCGAGUGCAGUCUCCUGCCAGUGUUGCCGACGACGAGGAUGAAGACAUGGAUGAACUGUACGAGGACGACGAAGAGGCCUACGCUGACAGGCCUACCCAGAACCCAAGGUCGGUGCCUCCGCCCGCCCCUUCGUCGUCGGACAUCUGGUCCACAAUGCGCUCCCUCAUGGAGGCAUCCUCUGAGCCUUCCACACCACCCAGGCCCCCCUCCGAAGCGGAGGAGACGGACGAGGCCGCGCUGUCAAGCAUGACAUGGAGUCCCGCCGACAUGGAGGCUGUGUGCACCCUGAUGUCCCUGAGGAAUGCACGUCGCUGGCCGCAGCAGCCUCCGCAGUCCGCCGCUGACCCACUAGCCCCCACGGCGCAGGGAACAGUGGCAACACCGGCGCCACCCUCAGAAGCCCGCCGGGAGGACCAAGUGGUUCCCAUGGAGGCCGCCAUCUCCAGCCCAGAGCCAUCAUCGGCUGAAGACGAAGGGUCUUUAGCAAAGCACAGCAUGCGUGUCUACAAAGAGCAAGUGGCUGCCGCCAUGGCUACGGCCCCACGUUCAGCUCAGCCCGGCACUGGCGACAGCCCACCCAUGUUCUGGGCCGACGCUGCACCUGCCCAGCAGGGGGAGCAGCUGGUGUCUGCAGCCGCCGGUGACAACGGCGUGGUGUCGGGCUUCUGCCCCAACCAUACAUCAAAGUCUGAGCCGAGCACGGCGCACGUGGAAGCGGGCCCCGCCACUUCUCCCAUGGCGACCUCGACCACGGUGCCAUCCGCCUGGUCCGAUCACCCGUCUUCCAACUCCUGGCUUGACAGGAACGAGCCCAUGAGAGCUGAUGGCUGUUGGUCGUCGAGGUGACUGGGGCCGUGUGACCAAACCAGUGCAUGCUGAGCGUGUCCGGGUGAAAAAGAAGACUAAAGGCUUCCCGUGUGUGUGUGGAUGCCGCCGCAAACCCGCCAUAUCCAUUCAUGUCUGAUGAAGUUGCGGCAACGACGACUACAAUGAUCAUUUUGCUCAGGCCUCGACUUGUCUCGUCUUGUUUUGUUACUCUGUGUCACGGCAGCGUGCAUAAUUACUGCCCCUCCUCCCUCCUUUUCUCACUUUUUCUCUCUAUACGUCAUUGUGUACAGUAUUGUGCUCCAUGAAUCACAAAUAAAGGAUGCCAAAUGGAUUUUUUUUUGCAUGACAUUUUUUGGCACAUUUUUGUAAA